AUGCCGACCAUUCUACUUUUCGCUUUUAUUUUUACAGUUAUAUCAGAUGUGAAAUCCCAAGACAUUCGAUGUUACGCGUGCACUACCAUUGACGCAAAUGCAAUGCUUAGUGAGAUAUCCGAUCCAAAUUGGUUGAGAUGGCUGGAAAACGUGCGUUAUGUGCCUUUCAGUCAGAAAUGCAUCGAUUACUUUGAGGUUGACCAAGCCCUUCGAGACGGUGUGCGCAGUAACGAAUGCUCCAAUGGAGUCUGCAUGAAAAUGAUAUUUCAAGAGAAAAAUGGUAUCAAUCAUGUCUGGCGAAGUUGCAUUCCGAAUGCCAAAGAACAAAUCCGAUCAGACUGCACAAAAAUCACUAGCGGGGAAGGUAACCUAGAAGUCUGCACAUGCGACGGAAAUCUGUGUAAUAGUGGAACAACAUUCAAAAUAUUGACUGCGUUGCUUCUUCCGCUUGCACUUAUUUUAAGAUAG